AUGCGCAAGCGCAGACCUGUGGAAGCCGCCGAGGGGGAGGCCGGCGGCGGCGGAGGCGGCUACGACAGCAAGUGCGUUUUCUGCCGCAUCGGCCGCCGGGAGGAGCCGGGCACCGCGCUGCUGCCCUGCCAGCAUGAAGAUCUGGUUUGCUUUAGAGAUAUAAGACCGGGAGCCCCGCACCAUUAUCUAGUGGUGCCGGUGGAACACGUAGGAAACUGCAAGACUCUGAAGAGAGAACAUAUACCGCUAGUGAAGAAAAUGAUGGAAGUUGGAAAAACCAUCCUACAGCGAAAUAACUUUACUGACUUGAAUGAUAUAAGAAUGGGUUUCCAUUGGCCUCCAUUCUGCUCAAUCUCCCACUUACACCUUCAUGUCCUGGCCCCAGCCAGUCAACUGGGCUUCUUGUCCAGGUUAAUUUACAGAAUCAAUUCCUACUGGUUUAUCACAGCUGAACAGCUGAUUGAACGAUUGCAGACUGAAAAUGCUGCGAGUUAAAUUUACCUUUCCUAAACCUAGAUCAUACCAGGAUUUAAAAAAAAAAAAAAAGGAAAAGAAAAGUUUGUAUUUCUUAUUAAGAACAAACACGCCUUUCACUUUUAAUUGUCAACCUAAUUCUUACUGUGAAUAAACUCAGGUGGACUGACAAUGAGAUGUAAAAUAUUUGAACAGAAACCUGAGUAAUCUAUGAAACACUAGUCCUAUUGAAAUAUAGUAUAAUAUAUUCCAAAUGUAAUGAUAAAAUUGAGUAGACUUUUAGCAACUACUACAAGUAGCAUGUAGGUUAUGCCACGGUGAAUGCUAGUUUUGUAUUUUUAAAAAAGCACCUUGGGAUUACAGUAGGGUUCAGAACUUACAGAUUUCCUUUUGUAUGUACUUGGUUUAUGUGGUGAUGUCCAUUUAUUAGUGAGGACAGUGCUAAAGAGACACUACCUUCUCUGGUGCUAAUCCAUGUUAGUAUGUAACUGUUUCACUUGCAUGGCAAUGGAACGUAGCAAGCGCUAAACAUAAUGUGCCCAGAAUGUGAUAAUGCAGUAGAAUGUAAAUUACCUAUAUGUAUGAGUGUUAGUAUGUUAGUGUUGGACUAAGAUGGCUUGUCUGUUGUGUGUAUGAAUACACCAAAUUAUUUACUGUAUGUUUACAAUAAUUCUGAGCGGUUGAGCUGGAAUGAACUAAUACACUGGACUUCUAGGUUGGGUUAGUCUUUGGUUAAUAAAUUGUUUCUUGGAGUUGGACUUCUAAAUGUUUCUGAGCCACAAAGGAAAUGAGUUAUUAGUUUCAUCACUUGGUGAAAUUCACCACACACAACUGCCACAAAAUUGCUUAGAAUUUGGCAUAGCUGGGGCUCUGCCAGCCAAAAUUAAAACAUGGCACUUGCAUGGUCAGAGUUGCGUGAGAGCUUUCACGGUGCUUGCCAGCAUUGUGUCCGACUGGUCUGUGAUGGUAGCUCUUCAGUUUUUAUAAGUACUACAUUAACAAGCUCCUCUAAGAACACAGUCUUGGCAAUAUUAUCUCCUGAUCCAGCACCUUGUUGCCUUAGUGCUGCAAUGUUGUAAUAUUUAUUUAUGUAUGCCUUAAUGGGUCAGAACAAAGAACAGAACACUCUAAGAGCUUAUUCACAUGGAGUCUGGGGCUUAAAAUUUAAAUUUGUGUUAGGAAAGUGUUAAUUAAAACCUUCAUACAUUGACUAAUUCUUUGCAAUAGAUGAGGUGCAAGUUGGCUUUCUUACUUGAUAAAAUAUUAGGGCGGCAACAUUAACACCUUUAAAAAAGUAUUAAUACCAUGUAUGAAUAUUAUGGUACUGAAUAAAUUUGUGUAACCAUAUGUAACUGUGAUGCAAGUCAGUUUAAAAUAUGAUGAAGAAGCUCAAUAAAAGACAAAUAUCAA